AUGGCCGAAAUAGUUGGUAUCAUCGGCAGUGUUGUCGGCAUAUUGACAGCUGCGGAAGUGGCAUAUCAAAAGAUUAAGUCAUUGAAAGGGCUCCCCGAGGCAUUUGCAGAAGUUGCAUUGAGAUUGCCUCUUGCUCAACAAAUCCUGCGUGCUAUCGAGACCCAGUCUCGAAAUGCUUCAAAUGAGGUUGCUACAGCACUUCUUCCGGUCAUCAAAUCAUGCAAGGGGAACUCUGACACCCUCAAGACGACAUUGGAGAAACUGGAUCCUGGAGAGUCUGCAUCAGCAUGGAGUGUUGACAGAUAUAUAUCUCUGAUCAAGAGCCGUGGCAAGAAGGGACGAGUCGAAGAUCUGAUGAAGAAGGUUCUGGAAGACAUAUACACUCUGGCUAGUCACAAGGCUAUCAAUGCGGCAACUUCGGAGGAGCUCACCAGGCUGAUGGAUGCCAUCGAGAAAGUGGGGAACAAGAAAUCGGUCCCUGAUGAGCUGCUACAAGAUGAUGCUGGGGUCAGUAUCUCCCAAGGAGCAAAUGGGUCGAUGUCGAAUCAAGUUGGCGAUUACACCACAGCAUGGAACAACUUCGGUUCUGGGGCCAUCAACAACAUUGGUGGAGACGCUCAUUUCGGGGCCACAUCAGACCAGAGAAGACGAGAUAUCUUGCGCGCUUUGAAUUGCGCAUCCUACGAAGAUCAUAAGAAUCGGAACCCUGAGGCUAUGCCCAAAACGUGCGAAUGGUUCACCGAGCACCCUACGUUCCGAGCCUGGGUGAUCGACCCGGACGAAAGAUUUCUUUGGGUUUCGGCGGACCCCGGUUGUGGGAAGUCGGUGCUAGCAAGGUAUAUGAUCGACCACAAACUGAAAACAUCACGAGUCAUCUACUUCUUCUUCAAAGAUGGUCUUGACGAUCAAGACAAUGCAGAAAGUGCAUUGAAAUGUUUGCUACAUCAACUGUUGGUAGAGGGGUCACAUAUUUUUACUGAAGAAAUACUCGGCUCUUUUGAGGAACUCGGCAAGGAUAGGUAUGAAGGUUUCAGCGCCCUCUGGAAUAUUUUCGCGAAGGUUUCCCGCAAUGCCACCAACACCAUCUGCAUCCUGGACGCCCUUGAUGAAUGCAAGACUGUGGGAUGGUCUAGAUUGGCUAAAGCCCUCGGCGGUCUCUAUGGAAACGACAAUACGCACAUGAGAUUCAUCAUGUUCAGCCGGCCUUACAACCAAGUUCGAAGAGCAAUUCGACAAGGCCGGAUACCCCACAUCAACCUUCGUGGAGAGGAUGAAGUUGAAGUUAGCAAGAUCUCAGCAGAGAUCAACGUCGUGAUUAAAAAGAAGAUCAAAGACCUGGUACUGGAGUCGAAGAUCAGCCUUGAGGAGCAAGAUAAAGUUGUUCGAAGACUCACGAAGGUGAACAACAGGACUUAUCUCUGGAUUCAUGUCAUUUGCGACAUGCUUGAGAACUUGGAGCGUGUCGAAAAUAACAGUCUAGAGAGGUUUCUCGACCGUCUUCCUGAGACAGUCGAAGAUGCGUACGAAAAGAUCCUUGGCCAAAGUGUCGACGCUCAAAUAGCAAAGACGUUGUUACACAUUGUAGUAGCGGCCGCUAGGCCCUUGUCAGUGGAGGAGAUGGCAAUAGCCAUGGCGGUUAAUGGGCACCAAUCAUUCGACGAUCAAACACCGCUUUCGUAUGCAGCAAAGUCGGGAUACACAGAUGUCGUAAAGAUUCUUUUGGACACGGGCAAAGUCGACGUUAACUCACGGGAUAAUAUCGGGAAAACGCCUCUUUCGCACGCAGUACGAUACGGACACGCGAAGAUUGUGAAGAUGCUCUUGGACACGAGUAAUAUCGAUGUGAAUCCACGAGAAUACCUCGGAAAAACGCCGCUUUCUCUAGCAGUAACAUUUGGCUACACAAAUAUCGUCAAGAUGCUUCUGGAAACUGGCGACGUCGAAUUCAACACACGAGACAACCACGGAAACACCCCGAUUUCAUUAGCAGUGAAGAAAGGAAACCUGGCAGUUGUUGAGAUGCUUCUAGCGACUGGCAAGGCUGGCGAUAUGAAGUCGCGAAACCUAGAGGACAAGAAACCUCUUGCCAUUGCAAUGAUGGAGGGCCUGCCGCGUGUAGUCAACUCGUUGGUGACCAGCCGCAACAUUCUUGAAGAGCGCCCGGACCCGGAGCUUAUCUCAUCUGCAGCAGCAAAAGAUGAUUUAUCAAUCGUCAUGCUUCUGCACGAAGAGGGGAAUGCUGAGCUAGGUAUGACGGAUACAGACAUACUGGAUGGAGGUGCGAUUAUGGUGGCGCUCGAAAAUGGGUCAAAGAAGGUGUUUGAAUAUCUCCUCGAUGCCGGGAAGGUGGAUGUCAAUGUCGAAUUCAACUGGAAAUCUCGAACGAGCAACACGCACCGUUCUACGCUUCUUACACAAGCUGUAGCAAGUGGCCGCCCUGAUAUCCAAGUAUAUAUGCCUCGUCUCGCGACACUCACUGCGAUUUUCGCUGUUUUCAUUUCCAUCAUCAUCUUCAACACUCAACUCAAGAGCUUCAUCACAGACCUGAGAGCCCCACUUCUCAAGACCAACACCACCACCAACAUCGCAUCUCCAGAGCCAGAGUCUAUGCUCAACGCAGCCAAGAACACAAUGUCCAAGACCCUCCACCACGCAAAGAUCACCCCGCACCGGAGCGGCACCCGCGGCCACUCCGACCACGGGUGGCUCAACACCUACCACAGCUUCUCCUUCGCCGACUGGUACGACCCGCGCUUCAACAACUUCGGCGCCCUGCGCGUGCUCAACGAGGACCGCGUCAAGGCCAACAGCGGCUUCCCGACGCACCCGCAUCGCGAUUUUGAGAUCUUCAGCUACAUCCUCUCGGGCGAGCUGACGCACCGCGACUCCAUGCUGCAGAAGGGCAGCGAGGGCGCCCAGAGCGACAAGUUCUACCGCAUGCACCGCGGUGACGUCCAGUUCACCACUGGCGGCACCGGCAUCGCGCACUCCGAGAUGAACGAGCACGGCCGCGACACGGUGCACUUCCUGCAGAUCUGGGCCAUCCCGUGGAAGCGCGGGCUGCCGCCAACCUACCACACCCGCCACUUCGCCGAGGAGGAGAAGCGCCAGGGCUUUGUCAAGAUUCUCUCGCCGCUGAAGGCUGGCCCGGAGGCCACGCUCGCGGAGGAGAAGGCGGCGGAGCCGUCUAUCCCGGACACCAUCCCGAUCCACGCCGACUUCGUCAUGGGCGCGGGUAUCAUUGAGCCCAACAAGGCUUUUGAGUGGAACGUCGGCGCCAAGGUCACGCAGCAGACGAAGCGCAAGGUAUUUGUUCAUUUGCCGAUGACCAAGGGCGGCAAGGCCAAGAUUCGCAUCGACGGUCGCGAUGACGCCGUCUUGUCGGAGGGCGACGGCGCAUUCGUGGAUGCGGUCAAUGCAGGCGACAAGUUGAAUGUGGAGAGCAUUGGAGAGGCCGAUGCCGAGGUUGUUGUUUUGGAUACGGCGUAG